AGGGGGCGGGGCUCAGAGCCAGGUUUCCUCGGCUACUCUCGGCUCCUGGACCGCGCGUGGCGUCCUAGCUUUGCAGCUAUGGGGGCUACUGCAGGCUUGAAGGCAGACUGCGAGGCGCUGCUCAGCCGCUUCCAGGAGAUGGACAGCGUGCGCUUCGAGGACUUCACCGACCUCUGGAGGAGUAUGAAGUUCGGGACCAUCUUCUGUGGUAGAAUGAGAAAUUUAGAAAAGAACGCGUUUACAAAGGAAGCUUUGGCUUUGGCUUGGAGAUAUUUUUUACCUCCAUACACCUUCCAAAUCAGAGUUUGUGCUUUGUAUCUGCUGUAUGGAUUAUAUAACACCCAACUGUGUCAACCAAAACAAAAGAUUAGAGUUGCCGUGAAGGAUUGGGAUGAAAUUUUAAAAUUUCAGCAAGAUUUGAUAAAUGCACAACAUUUUGAUGCAGCUUAUAUUUUUAGGAAGCUACGACUAGACAGAGCAUUUCACUUUACAGCAAUGCCUACAUUGCUGUCAUACAGAAUGAAGAAAAAAAUUCAACGACCUGAAGUUACUGAAGACUUUAAGGACCCAAGUGAUCAUGUGAUGAAACUUAUCACUUCUGAUGUACUAGAGGAAAUGCUGAAUGUUCAUGACCAUUAUCAGAGAAUGAAACAUAUAAUUUCAGCUGAUAGAUCCAAUCCAGACAAAGCCCUCAGCUUGAUAAAGGAUGAUUUUUUUGACAAUAUCAAGAACAUAGUUUUGGAGCAUCAGCAAUGGCACAAAGACAGAAAGAAUCUAUCCUCAAAAUUGAAAGCUAAAGAUGGAGAAGAAAAGAGUGAAGGAAAUUCACAACAGUCAGAGAGAAGUGAAAGGGCAGAAUCAUUAGCGAAAAUAAAAUCAAGGGCCUUUUCAGUUUUUGUUGAGGCAUCCAAGUCAAGAAGGCAUCGUCAGGUCAAACUUGAUUCUUCUGACUCUGAUUCUGCAUCUAGUCAAGGACAAACCAAAGCAACUAGGAAAAGAAUAAACAAAGAGACAUUGAAACCAGCAGGAGGGAAGAUGUCUUCCAGAAACAGAGGUGACAUGCAAAAUGUACAUACGGAAGAUAAAUCUUUAAGUCUGAGUAUGCCUGUAAUUACAGAAGAGGAAGAGGAGAAUGAAAGUUUUAGUAAAACAGAGUUCACUGCACCCAAGAGGAGAAGAAAACACAGAACAAAGAGCCUGGUGUAGAGUACUUAAUUUUGAGCUUUCUGACAGAAGAAAAGAUGUAUAUUUUGUGUAUUGAACAGGAAGACUGCGAGUAUUAAAAAUAGUUCUUCUGGGAAGCUGUAGGUAUUUCUUUGAAAUGUCAAUACUUUAAUAUAGUUCUAGAAUAAAAGUACAAAAAAUUAGUAUUACUCUAAAAUUUAAUUUUAACAUCUUUUGUGAAAUAUGCAUAAAUGAUAAAAUUUGGAUUUAGAAUGUAAUAGAAAUAAUUCUGUUAUUUGCAGAUUAUUGCUAUUUCCUACAACUUUUUUGUGCUAUUAUACUAUCUUAGUACAGUUCUGGAAGUGUUAGCUAUUCUAUUUAAAAUCUUUUUUCUUGAAAUAUUAAUGUUUAUUAUAUGUAAAUGGCUAAUUAUUUUAUAUCUAGUUUGGUAAUGUUUGUUUAUGAUGUAUAUUAACUAUUUUAUAUAUUACGUUGUUAAGUGCAAUAAAGUUUUUGCCUUGUUUGCUUUAUUUUUUUAAUGUUUGAAACUUAUAUGGUCAGUAACUUAUGUGAUUGAUAACUUAGGAAGCUCAGUUUCUACUUCUGUAAUCAAUUAAGUAUUCUUUUGUGCUUGUUUUAAAGCUCUCUUUGGCCUAACAUGUCUAUAUGUAUACAUGUAUGUUUGUGUAGGUAUAGAUAUAUGUAUGUAUUUGUCCAGUUAUACAUAUAAUAUGAUUACUCAAUACAUUGUUUAGGUACAACAUUUAAAUACUGAUUAUUUCUAAUAAAACCUUUAAGAGUGGUAAUGUACAUUUCAGAAUGUGUCUGGUACAGAAAGUUGGUACUUAAAGAAAAAAAUUCAAUAGCUUCAUGACUGUGCCUCUCUGUUAAUUUAUCAUUUGAGAGAUUUAAACGGAGAUUGCUUUAGCCAUGGUGUUUGAAUUGCUGCUGAUAGCAGACCAUCUCACAUCAUGUGGCUGGCUCAGCCUGUCUUAAAAUUGAUUAAACUCCAUGUUGUUUUCCAGUGUGGUAUAUUCAGGAAUUCUACAAAUGCCCCGUGAGUGAAAACGUGUGUAAUCUUUUAAAAUCAAAAUACUAACACUAGCCCAGACAAAACUUCGCUUAUUAGAAUCUGUGCCGUCACAUUAGCCGUGAAACAAAAUUGUUUCCCUUGACUGUUUCCCUUGUUUUCCUUGACUUCAGAUGUUUCUGGUAACAGAUAGGGCAGUUUUCAUGAUGUGGAUAUUGGGCAGAGCUUCUGGGGUUUAAAUAUUCUAAC